AAUACACCAGUCCUUCCCGCACUAAACGGACUCAGGCAAUUGCUGGGAAUUGGGUCGAGUCAAGGAAUAUUAAGAAGCAUGAACGAACAUCGAACAAAUGAAAUCCAGUGUAGCGUGAGAUCCGUAACAAUAGAGAAUCUAUUUGAAUUUUAGAUAUACAUGACUUUGAGCAGCCAUUUUGGCGAGCGAAUUUAUUUCAGUGUAUCGCCUUAUUCCUGUAGAUAUGUAUCAUGUUUGAAUGGUUACUGUCUAGUACGAAGCGUAGAAGAGUUCUCAAAUGUCUCUUUGGCUUUGGGAUUGCAUUUUGGGUUUUGUUUUCAAUAUCAAAGAUGUUUUCUCGACAACCGAAAAUUUAUCCAAGGCCGAAGGGAAUAGACGAUAAAAUUCGUGCGAUACAUAAAGAAAUCCUACGAACAAAACUUCUUUUAGAAAACGUCACGCUGGCUAACACUCUACAAGAGUACUCGAAGAAAUCUGAAAAGGAAAGGACAAAGCUAGUUUAUGUUUUUACUCCGUUUUUCGGUCAGAAACGAUGGGGCUGGAUGAAGAACAGCAAAAUAUUCAACAGUUGGGAAGGUAUUCAGUGCCCAUACUUUCGUUGUAGAUUGACAUAUAGUAGAGAAGACUUUCCUAAAGCAGAUGCUGUAAUAUUCCACGCAAAAGACAUGCCUCAACGUCUAGCAUUGCAACGACUUCUUCAUUACAAACCAAAGCCUCAGAAAUGGGUCUAUUUUGCUUUAGAAAGUCCCGAGCAUAACUUUGAUGCGACAAAACUGAACAACCUAUUCCACUGGACGCUAACCUAUCGCAGAGAUUCAGAUUUCUAUUCUCCUUACGGAUACUACUUUCCAAUCUCCCACGGAGAGAAAAAGGCAGAGAAAUCCAUCAAUCAAAUGAUCGAGAAGAAAGAUAAGUUUAUAUUUUGGGCGGCAAGUGAUUGUGGGAUAUUUCGGGAUAAAUACAUUCGUAAGCUUCUGGAGUAUACACAGGUUGAUAUAUACGGUAAGUGUGGCCCUUUUGUGGGUGUUAAUAAGACAGGAGGGUGCGAAAUGAAUGAUCCUAAAUGCACCAAGCUAGAAAAACGGUACAAAUUUUUAUUAGCGUUUGAGAAUUCUUACUGCAAGGACUACAUAACAGAGAAGUAUUGGAACGCCUUGAAGUUAGGAAUAGUGCCAGUCGUGCUCGGCGGUGCAGACUACAGCAACCCCGAGUUAGCUAUCCCUGGAUCGUACAUCAAUGCAUUGGACUUCAAAAGUGUUAAAAAACUAGCGGAAUAUUUGAAAUACCUUGAUAAUAACGACAAAGAGYAUAGGAAGUAUUUUGAGUGGAGAAAACUAUAUAAGAGAGUUGACUAUGCGCCUUGGACGUGUACACUGUGUGCAGCAUUGAAUAUGAAUACGAAGAAAACGUAUAUUAGUAAGUUGGGGGAUUUUUGGAGCAUUAAAAAACAAUGUGGAUUGGAAGAAACGAACAUCAAUGCUAUCCUCAGAACGAAAACUACGGGAUGAAUUUUUGGAGACAUAUGCAUAUAUAUAUAACAAGAGAAGAUGAACUAAGAGAAGGAAUCCUUCCUAUAUAGCCUUGUAACUAUCAUGUACACAGUUUGAUGCUAUUUUUAGCUUGGAGAUAUUUUGAGCUAAGAACCUGAUUGUUUGAUUUCUCGAGGGUAGACGGCUUCCAGACUUGCAGUAAACAAAGCCUGUGUUUUUGUUGUGGACGUAGCGAAAUAUGACGCUUUUCGUGUCCUAAAACGAGGAACUAAUGGGAAGCACGAUUAUCGUGCGAGCAUGGUAACGAGCUAAAAAUAGCAUCAAUGAUUCUAAAAAUAGCA